AUGGAAACCUUUAUUCGUUUGGCAGAAUCUGUAAUCGAAUUUGAAUCAGAUUACAAUAGCACACCAGCCACAGAGCAAAACAAACACGGCCUUGCAAUACAGCAAGACGAACUAAAGGCUUUGUGGGAAAAGACCAAAGUAGCUUAUGACGCGAUCAUAAAUAAAGAAGGAAUUUCUAAAGAUGACAUUAAAGCAAUUAGACGGAAACAUAAGGGCUCGUUUUCCAGCUAUGUCAAAUGCAUGUCGGUAAUGGCUAGUCAGUCUGAGACGCUUGUAAAUGCAGAGAAGGAUGUACAAGAUCAGUCGGUUCGUGAACACAAUAUUCACCUUCCUCCGUGUGACACAGAUGUGUUCAAGGGCGACUAUCUGUCAUGGCCAUCGUUCCAUAAUGAGUGUGGUAGCUCACUGAAGAAGUUGCAGCGCGAUAUAAAUAAUUGUUUAUCAGCGCUCAGGAGCCAUAAUAUUGACAUCUCGAAUUGGGAUGCAAUUAUUGUAUAUCUAUGCUCAACUAAACUUCCCGACUGUACGCUGGCUCUAUGGGAACAAACCAUAGAUUACAAGAAAGAUUUACCAAAGUGGGAAGACAUGGACAAGUUCCUAUCGAAUAGGUUUCAAACCUUGGAAACCAUGUCAGGCAUAAAGGGCACAAAGUCUGUAAAAGCGUCAAAGCCGCAAAACACCAGACAUCCCUCAGAAGCCCCCACAAAAAGACUUGGCGCGUUCCAAACAAGCGUAACCAAGUACACAUGUAAAAUGUGCCAAACAAAUGAGCACAAAUUACGCCGCUGUUCCCAUUUCCUAAAGCUAACGCCAACUGAAAGGAUAGAGUUUUUAAAGAGCAACAAUGCUUGCCUGAAUUGUCUGAGUUCUGGACAUACUGUGUCAAGAUGCACAAGCCCUUUCAAUUGCGGCACGUGUCACUCGCGACAUCAUACGCUCCUGCACACCCAGACAAUUCCGCCAAAGGCAACACCGCCUCAAACGCCACCGAGCUCUGCCAAAGAUGUUGCCUCAACCUCGCAACAAGCUGCAGCAAGGCGUAACUUCAAUAAAACUAACUCCGGUAAAAGCAAAAACGUUAAGUCUAAUUAUGCAAAUAUGAACUCAGGUGUACUUUUAGGAACGGCUCGUGUAAAUAUACGUCUCAAUGAUACAGAUUUUUCAGCACGAGCACUCAUUGAUUCGGGUUCGGAGUGUUCCUUUAUAACAGAACGACUCAAACGCAGAAUCAACCUGCCAUCUAAGAAGAUGUAUGCCAAAGUUUCAGGCAUAACGAAUUCAACCUCUGCUCAGGUCAAGGAGGCAUGCAACAUAGAACUACGGUCCCCUGUUGACCCACUGUUUAGUCUACAUGCAACAGUGCUCGUGCUGACAAAAUUAACUGGAAAUCUUCCAUCCUGCCAUAUCAGCGCUAUGACUAUGCAGGCAUUUCCAGAUCUGAUUUUAGCAGAUAAAAGGUUCUACGUUAACGAAGAAGUAGACCUAGUACUUGGCGGAGACAUUUAUCCCCAAAUUAUUUUGUGCGGCUUGAAGAAAAAUGUUCUCAGUACACUUCUUGCCCAAGAAACCGUGUUCGGUUGGAUUUUAACCGGUCGCACAGAAGCACCAAAUCCAACAAACAACAUAGUUUCUUAUCAUAGCGAAGUUGCCUUGGAUCAACAACUAACAGCUUUCUGGGAACUAGAAGAUAUACCGAAAAACAAAAAUUUUAACGAAGACGACAAGUAUUGUGAAGAGCUUUAUCGGAAAACGACUGAGAGAAACCCAGAUGGAAAAUAUGUAGUCUCGCUACCAUUUAGGCAGGAAUUUCCAGCAAACAUUUGCCUAGGCCCCUCUCUUAAAAGAGCAUGCUCUCAGUUCUUCCGGAAUGAGACGCGGCUUACAAAGGAUCCCGUCCUGCAAAAGGAGUAUAAUAGGGUACUAACAGAAUAUGAAUCACUGGGACACAUGUCCAGGAUAAAUGGUAGCAUUUCAGCAGACUCUUCCGAUAAUUACUUUCUACCCCAUCACGCUGUGAUAAAGGCGGAAAGCACCUCUACAAAAGUUCGGGUCGUCUUUAAUGCCUCAAGCCAGACGGCUAAUGGUACAAGUUUAAAUGACGUACUUUACCCAGGUCCAGUACUCCAAGCAGAUCUUCCAAUAUUAAUACUCCGCUGGAGAUUAUAUCGGUACGUUUUUAAUAGCGACAUCGAGAAGAUGUACCGCCAAAUUUGGGUGAAUAACAACCAUACCAAAUACCAGCGAAUAGUUUAUCGUACAAACCCGAACGAACCUGUAAGUCUAUAUGAAUUAAAGACUGUCACUUUCGGGAUUAAUAGCGCACCUUACCUCGCGAUAAGGACACUUCUGCAAUUAGCCGACGAUGUAGAGAAUUCUUUCCCAAUAGCAUCUAACAUACUACGAAAGUGCAUGUAUGUGGAUGACGUGUUAGCUGGAGGACAUAGCGUCGACUCUACCAUUAAAGCAAGAGAUUAA